AUGGCUCAUCGGUGUCUCUGCGUUUCCCGAUCCAAACAAGAAGCACCAAGAUCUUUCUCUAUAAAGCAUCAAUCUGAUUGUCUGUUUAUACCCGUUUCCUUCUCCUCCAUCGCUUCUCCUUUACUUUGCAGCUAUCUUCUCCAUUUCUUCCAUGUUUUCUCCGAGAUUGUAAAUCAAUUAAAGCUUCUUAAAAUACCGGGAUCGAGAAUCAACCUACCGUAUGGAUGGAUUGUAGCUUUUUUAGCUGUAAGUGUAGUUGAAGCAGUUGAGGUGAGGAAUGGGAACAAGAGAAAUGGUAAGCAUGUAAGAUGUGCACAUAAGAAUCCUCAAGGUGACCCUAUGUCUGACUAUGCUCCACAUCCUGCAAUUGUAUUGAAGGUUAAGCCAAUCAUGUAUCAAAUGGUGUAGGAAAUGGUUGGUAAAAUGGGCUAUAAAGUUCUAAUAGAAGUUGCUUUUUGAAAGAAGUUAACAAUGUCAACCAGGCCUUGAGAGAGAAUGAAGAAGAGGUGCACAAUAUAAAAGUAUGUGGAUGAUAAGAACAAGAUUUGUAGAUCUUGGUAUACUCUAAGAGAAGGACAAGGAAAUAUGAUGAUGUAGAACUACUCUGUUUAUUUUUUGAUUCCAAAUACAUUUCAAGUGAUUCACUCUUUCAACAUUGCUCUUUGAGCCACG